UGGAGGCGGGGUUACUCCCGCUCAACCAAUCACAGCAGCUUGUCCGAAGCGCCCACCAAAACAGUUCGAUUUCAAAUUCAAACGACCGGAGGCGGCGGAUUGGACGGAGCAGCGGUGAAAUUCAACUUUACCAAAGCAGAAUAUGUCCCGCUUGCCAGUCAUGACAAGCAAAAGGGUCCUCACGAGUAGCAGCAGCAGCUCGGAGAACGCCCACGAGUUUGCACCUGCUCAGAAGAGGAUUCGUAAGGACCCAGAUCCCGUCAAACCACAAGCAGCAGCUACUAUCAUUGGUGGCAAGCGGCCUGCUGUUGCAGCAUCCAGAGCACCUAUUUCUAAGCCAGCCAGAGGUAUGGGAGCUGCCACUGUGGCUGUGGGUCCUUCCAGAGGUGUCCUGAAACCAUCUGUAGCUUCAACUGCAGCAAAGGGAGGGAACAUCAAACAAUCCGUUGCACCCGCUGGCACGAAAGCCGGUGGGGGUGGGACCACCAAGAGACAUGCAUGGGACCUGAAGGGCAAGGUCAGCGACAUGGAGGGUAAGGUCCGUAACUACCAGACGAAGGUCAAAUCUGUCAACCAGGAGAAUGAGGCUCUGAGAGACACGAUGGUCCAGAGUCAAUCAAAAAUGGCUGAGAUGGAGAAAGAGCUCAAGAAGCAGAAGAGCCAGAUCAGUGAGUAUGAGGAGGAGCUGCAGGCCUUGUCAGGAGUCCGGGAGAAGCUGGAGAAAGUCUCCAGUGAUAAGAGCACUCUUCAGAAGGAGCUGUCCAACUUGGAGGGCAAAUACAAGGUUAUGGAGACUCUCCGAGACAGCCAAGAGACGGAGCUGCAAACACUCAAGAUGAAGUUGUCUGUGCAGGAGUCGACUCUGGCUCGGGUCCAGGGGACUCUCAGAGACACAGAGGAAGCGGUCCGCUCCCUCAAAGAGACUGUGGCCCAGCAGGAGGACGAGCUUCACGCUGGUGAGAUGGAACGCAGGCGGCUUCACAAUACCAUCCAGGAGCUCAAGGGAAACAUCCGGGUCUUUUGCAGAGUGCGCCCAUUGGUAGACGGAGGCCUCAGCAAACACAUCCAGCUCCCAGCCAGCGACAUCAAGACAAUAACUCUCGCCAAAACAGAGGAGUCUCACACAGGCAAAACUGCAGAGACUCAGAAGAAUUACAACUUCAGUUUUGACCGGGUGUUUGGUCCCGUGGCUUCACAACAGGAGGUCUUUGAAGAGAUUUCGCUGCUGGUGCAGUCAGCAUUGGAUGGCUACAAUGUCUGCUGCUUUGCCUACGGCCAGACAGGAAGUGGAAAGACAUACACCAUGGAGGGGGCUGAAUACGACCAGGCCAGAGGCGUCAUUCCCAGAGCGGUGCAGCAGAUCUUCAGAGCAGCAGAGAAACUGGCGACACAAGGAUGGGAGUUCACCUUUACAGCGAGCUUUGUUGAAAUUUAUAACGAGACCCUGCGAGACCUCCUCUACACCGGGAAGGCCAGCAAGAGGCCAGAACAUGAGAUCCGAAAGUCAGCCAACAAUGAGGUGACGAUCACCAACCUCACCUACGAAAAGGUCUCCAACGAAGAUCAGGUUCUCGGCCUGAUCGCGCUGGCCAAUCAGAAUCGCUCCACGGCCCAAACAGCCCAGAAUGACCGCUCGUCUCGCUCCCAUUCAGUCUUCCAGCUGGAUAUUGAGGGAGUGAAUGUUGGCAGGGAUGUCAAAUGCAAGUCCACUCUGUGUCUGGUGGACUUGGCCGGCAGUGAGCGAAUGCUGAAGAGUCAGUCUCAGGGUGAGCGCUUCAAAGAGAUGACUGCCAUCAACGGCUCCCUGUCCAACCUGGGCAUCGUCAUCAGCGCGCUGGCCAACAAGGAGAGCUACAUACCAUACAGGAACUCCAAGCUGACUUACCUUCUGCAGAGCUGCUUGGGGGGAAACAGCAAAACCCUGAUGUUUGUGAACAUCGCCCCGGAGCCAGACAGCUUUGGGGAAACACUCAACUCCUUGAGGUUUGCCAGCAAGGUGAACGACUGCGUCAUUGGAACAGCAAGCGCCAACAGGAAGUAGAGGAAAGUGCGUUUAAAAACUUGGUUAUAACUAUUUUUACUAUUAUGGUCACAACAUGAAAUGUUCAGUGUGAUUGUUUCCAUCCCUGCGACUUACACAUUGUGCUAUUGUAAGAACCAAAAACUAAAAUCUUGUUGUAUAUUCUCAGGGCCUUGAUUAGUGAUCACUAAUGCAGCCUUUUCAACACUUUGAUGCUCCUGUGUAAAUCAAGUGGAUGUGUACAUAAGCAUUUUUCUAGUCAGUUUUUUGUUGUUUUUUUAACACAAACAGCCCUCAAGGGUUCUUAGCUAGUGAUAGUAUUUGAGACAUUUGAUCUCAUAUUUUAAUAAAAGAAAUCCAUAUUAUUCAAUUCUUUUUCCCCACUUCAGUUUAAGCAUGUUUCAGUGUGUGACAUAGAUCUUGCACUGUAAUUGCAAAUAAAUGUCGUGUAAUUAAACUGAUACUGUCAUCUUUGUUUUCCUUGAUCUGUGGUGGAAGGAGGUCAUUGUUCUCUUAUUUCUGUAUCUGUACUCUCUCACUACAUGGUGUGAUAAUAAAGACGGUCAGUAGAUGGGC